AACUUGUUUCAGCAGGAGCUGCUGAAGAGAGCAGAGACUGAAAAAUGGGAUACUUAAGAUAUUUUCUGUGCGAGACACAUCGUAGGCAAAGGUUUUUGAAAAUACCUUAGUAGGGCAUAUCUGCUCUCAUUACCAGCUGAGGGUUGUGAAAGCCAUGCUAAAAGCCGUGCUAAAGAGACAUUUGUGAAGGUUAUAUUCCAAUUUUUUAUCUUAAGACAACUUUCCAGGCUCCCACAACUAUGUACCUACACGUUGUGUACUGAGAAGCAGGUGGAGCAGCGUACAGUGCCAUCCCAUGGUACUCACAGAAUGGAUUGAUUUUUCAGAGGAGUGUGUGCUGAUUAGGUAAGGAGAUGUCAUGGUCUUCUCCAGUCGAUAUCGGAAGAUAGCAGCUAUGAUCGCCUGAAGAAGCCGAACCUUACACUGCAAGCAUGGCUUUCGCCCAGUCACACAUUAUGGCAGCUAGAAGACAUCAGCACAGUAGACUCAUAAUUGAAGUGGAUGAGUACAGCUCCAACCCCACACAGGCUUUCACAUUCUACAACAUUAACCAGGGUCGUUUUCAACCCCCACAUGUGCAAAUGGUUGAUCCCGUGCCCCAUGAUGCUCCCAAACCUCCAGGAUAUACAAGAUUCGUCUGUAUUUCUGAUACUCACUCAAGAACUGAUCCCAUCCAAAUGCCAUAUGGAGAUGUGUUAAUACAUGCUGGUGAUUUUACUGAGCUGGGGCUUCCUAGUGAAGUAAAAAAAUUCAACGAGUGGCUAGGUAGCCUGCCCUAUGAAUACAAGAUUGUGAUCGCAGGAAAUCAUGAAUUGACCUUUGACCAGGAAUUCAUGGCUGACUUAAUCAAGCAGGACUUUUACUAUUUCCCUUCUGUCUCUAAGCUGAAGCCAGAAAGCUAUGAAAACGUGCAGUCUCUUCUAACAAACUGCAUCUACCUUCAAGACUCUGAAGUGACGGUGAGGGGAUUCAGAAUAUAUGGCUCCCCUUGGCAACCUUGGUUUUAUGGCUGGGGCUUUAAUCUUCCACGAGGCCAAGCACUAUUAGAGAAAUGGAACCUUAUUCCAGAUGGAAUAGAUAUUCUUAUAACACAUGGACCACCUCUCGGUUUUCUAGACUGGGUUCCUAAGAAAAUGCAGCGGGUAGGAUGUGUUGAGCUGCUGAACACAGUCCAGAGACGAAUACAGCCAAGACUUCACGUGUUUGGACAUAUCCAUGAAGGUUAUGGUGUCAUGGCUGAUGGAACUACUACCUAUGUGAAUGCAUCUGUGUGCACUGUGAAUUACCAGCCUCUUAAUCCACCUAUAGUUAUUGACUUGCCUACUCCAAGGAACACAUGAUUAUAAUGAGGAUUUGAAGUUGUACCCAACACAUUAGCAAAUUUAUAUUGCUGGCUGAGAAACCCAAUAGGGACCCAUUCAACAACAACAACAACAACAAAAAAGCAAAGAACCUUGUUUUUUUUCCCUGCUAGCUCUUCUCAGAUCAAUUUUGAGUGAUGAAAGUGGAAACGAAGACGUUUUCAUGCCAGAAACAGGAUAAAGACUUUAACAUUUUGCCAUUAAAAUAUUUGUGAACGCAACAAAGUGAAUGCAUUCCAUGUCCAUACCUAUAUAUGUAUCUCAAGUAGGGACUUUUGUAUAUACCAUAUGUUAUAUUGGACUUAAUUAAAAGAACAAUGUUUUUCAAAGGAGUGUUCCUUUAAGAAAGUUUGCAGUUUAAACUGAAGUGUUUAGACUAGAUUUUCCUCCAUUCAGAUGUUUCCUUGUGAGCUCUUGGUAAAAGAAAAAUGGUGAUAAAGAUGCUUUCCCUUAAUUAACAUGGCAAACGUAAAAGAUGGUGCAGGAUUGACCAUUCACAGGAGGAAAGCUAUUACUUUGAGUCCUCCAGGUCUGAGUCUUUGCAUCUAUUCAAAACCAAUGCAACAGAGGCCCUAAUUCACUGUACUGAAAUGAAGUUUUACUACAUCUGGCAUUACAGAUGGUAAGGGAAAUGGUGCAUAUUGCUGGCAUGCUGUAAACAGCUCAACAUUCAAGAAGGGAGACUGUGCUAAGUGCAGUAUAAACUCAGGAAUUUGUAACCUGGCCUCUCUGUGAGGAAGAAAGAAAACCAACAAGGAUGACAUUUCCCUUAAAAACAAAACCAAACAAACCCACCACCACCACCAAAACAACAAAAAAAAAAAAGGCAUGCAAACCAAACAAACCCAACAAAAAAAUCCAAACAACCAAACAAAAAAUGCACCAACAAAACCAAACAACUCUCUUUUCACAGGGUAAGGUGAUGUGUGAUUGCAUGUAAAAAGCAAAAAACCCACCCAGUGUUCUGUAGUGGCAGUUUAAAUAAAACCACUGGGACUGCCUGUUUGAAACCUGUUAAGGGGACAUGCAACCAGUGGCCCCAGACAGAAGGGCUUAAACAACAUUGUGGUUGUUGGGUAGCAUUGUGGAUGUCAAGUUGAAGGGAUCAUUCCGAGGUGAAGUUUGGAUAUUGGCUUUUGGUGUGCAGUGCAAGUGUGAUGUGUGAUAAUCGCACACCGAUGGGUACGGAGCAGAGGUCACCUCCCAGAACCUGGCAUUCCUCUUUGCCCACUCAUCAACACAGCUGAAGGAGACUCAAGACAAAAUGGUUAACUGAGUUGAAAUUCGUCUGUCAGGUUGCACGUGUAGCCAUGGCAGAGCAAGAGCCAUGUCAGGAGGUGGCUGGGGUGGCCAGCUGCCAAGGUGCUGCCCAUGUGGCUUUCCUGCAGGUUAAUGCAAGUGCCGAAGCUGCUGGAACUUUGGUCCUGUCCUAGGUACAUCCUUGAGAAUUGGUUACAAACAUGCCAAGAAAAAAAUGUGCUUCCAAUGUACUCUACAAAGGGUGGAUUUCUGCCCUCUCUAUCAGAGGAGCCUUUUUGCCUAGAUGGGAAGAAUUCAGCUGCUGUGUUCUGAAUGUUGGUGUCCUGAAUUUGGAGCUGAUAGCAUCUAGACAUGAAUCUUGUUUACACACAUUGGGCAGAUCGUUGUGCUACCAGUGCAGGGCUGUUAGCAGGUCUGUGCAUAGCCCACAUCUGCACAUGUGCAAUGGAUAAUUGUGUAGGUUGCUUUUCUUCGACCUGAUACAUGAGUGUAAACAUGAGCUUCACGUAGCAGCUGCAUGUACCUGAUGUGCACACACCAUUAAUAGACCCGUGUUGCAAAGCUAGGCCAUGUCAGCCUCCACUCUAAGCGGGGUGGGCAGAAACAUUGCAUUGCACUUGCUUGCUGUGGGCAGCAGCUCUUGCAGCUGCUGCUGGGAGCAGUGACACCUGAGCCCAGUAAUUAGCAUGCUGUGGACCUGCUAGAAACCACCACACCUGCAGAAAACAUGACCAGGCACAAGUCUCAUGUCUUGGAAGCUGUUGGAUGACUUGAGGUCUAACCUAAUGUGCCACCUUUUCCUGAAAUGAAGCCCAAAAUGAUUAGUGAUGCCUACAAGUGGGUAUUUUGGGGGUGAACAGUUCACAAGCACAUGAGUAGUCUGCCCUGAGUCCAGGUGGGGCUGCUUCUGUCAAAGUGAUCUGUGUAGAAAUUGCAGGGCCAGCUCGUAAAUCAGCAAGGAUUGAAAUCUAUAGUGGAAGAUCAGCUCCCACCAUAACUGGGAGGAUGAAGCAAUAGGUCAUACCUGGAGUAAAAGCAUCUUGGCUAGUCCCACCCCAAGUGGUUUGCAACACGUGGCAGGAAAUUGGCCGCAUCUUAAAAGUCUGAAAUGUUUACAUUUGCUCAUGGCACUUCAGAGACUAAAAUGUGACAGUAGGGGGAAGAGGUCCUUUUGUUAGCCUCAACAAAAUUUCUAUGUUGACCAUAAAGUAGUCUCUUCAAAAUAAUUUCCUUUUCUCCUAAGUUAUCUUCAAACUAUUGUGUAUUUUUAUGUGGAGAGGUUACAAACCCCCAGCUGUUACUUCAGAAUAUCAUUUAAAAAGUACUUGAGGUAUGAAAGCUUAAAGAUGAUUUAAUCAUUUUGGCAUAACUUGAUUGUUGUUGUAAUUUUUGGUCAAGCAUGUUAGACAAAUAAAGUCUUGGGAAAAAAAACAA